AUGCUGCCGGCCGUCGUGAAGCUCUGCUGUGGAAUCUCCUAUCCACACUUACGGAGCAUGGCAGGGCUGCAGCGGGCAGCUCUUGCAGCGUUGGGGCAGGAGCUCUCGCAUCUACAGAACGCAGGACACAUUACUCAUCCUGCAUGGAGCGGAUCUCUGAGGUGGUCUUGGGGGAAGGACUUUAAAAAGACUGAAGAAGUGGGGACAAAAGACGUUGCAUUGGGCGAUGAGGACAUGUGUUAUCUGAGACAAGGCGAAGAGGCCCUGAAAAAAGCUCAAGACAUCGUGGAGUCCAAGGACGGAUGGAAAAUCGAGCUGGCCGAGAAGAAUGGAGAAGUGAUCUAUAGCAAGGUUCUCCAGGGUAACCGGAAGGUUUUCCGCCUGGAAGCAGAGCUGGACGCAACGCCAGAGGAACUUUAUGACAUCCUGUUCAUAAGAGUGGAAGAGAUGCACCAAUGGAACCCAAGCAUCAGACAAAUCAAAGUUUUGAAACAUGUGGGGAAGAGCACCAUGGUUACGCACGAGGUGUCUGGAGAAACAGCAGGAAAUCUGAUUGGCCAGCGGGACUUCCUGAGUGUCAGGCAUUCGUCCAAGAGCAAGACACGUAUUUAUUUAGGCGGAGCUGCAACUCGGUGUGAGUCUCUUCCGCCCCAGCCGGGAUUUGUCAGGGCUGAAGAUGGCCCCACCUGUAUCAUCCUGCAGCCGCUCCACGGUCAUCCCGGGAAGAGUCAUUUCAUCUGGCUGCUCAACAUGGAUGUGAAGGGCUGGCUGCCCACAUCACUCGUGAAUAAAGCUCUUCCUCGAGCUCAGGUGGACUUCACCAAACAUCUGCGGCGCCGUCUGGCUGCACAGAACCCAGAGGACAGCAGAACAUGA